AUGCAUCUGUCCGUCUAUAGGGAUGCCCUCCGGGCAGCCGGUUUGGCUCCCGCCAUGAAAACUUGGUGGAAAAGCAAAAAAGUGCGUCUGGCAUUCUUCAAGAGCGAGUAUGUCGACCGCAUUGGCGAAAUAUACGCGGCUAAUGCCUGCAUCCUGGCGUACAUAGCGACUCCGGUGGUCUACUUCAGUGCUUUUGUUAUGGAGUUAUGGUGGCUCGUGGAAGCAGACAUGGCUCAAGUACCUGAAAUAUAUAACUGGUAUCAGCAGUACGGAGUUCUUCUUCCGGCACCUGCCUACAUCCUGGCCUCGAUAUACUUCAUCACAUUUCUCGCGUCAUUGUUCCUGUUAUCCGGAUUGUUCCUGCGAAAAUCCACCUACCUGUUGGCCUGGCUCUUCGUCUUGGUGGUGUUCUUCUUCCCAGAGUGUGGUCUGAGUUUAUUCAUGAGUCUCAAAUAUUGGAACCUCAACUCCAGAGGCGUAGCCGAACUGUCUUUCUACUGCUGUCGAUUGGUGAUCAACGCUAUCUGCAUUGUGUGUAUACAGUCGUUAUACACGCAAUGGCGACAGGAAAAAUCAGUCAUGAAACGCCUCGAAGACCUCAACAUCAUGCCGUCGAUAUCUCCUGUCACGAAAGAGCAUCUCAACGGUGCGAUGAUCACACCCACGCCAUCAUCUUACUUGAGCUCGUCUUCGACACCACGGAUCACGCCGUUGAGAACCAUGUAUUCGGACGCUGAUCAAUCCUAUGUGGGUAAUCCGUCGCUAUCGAGGCACGCCCCGUCUGUCCGACGGAGCCAUUCGUCAGUGUCGUCUCAGUCGAUAUCUCCUUUCCAUCCACCGAUUCAGCUGCAAAGCAAAUGUCGCCCAGAUCCCGACUUUUUCUGCAACCCUGACGUUCAGUUCCAAUCUCUGCCGAGAUCUGAGUUCGACGUGAAGGUUUUCAGGCAGGCUCGCAGACCCCUUGGCCGAACGUUCUCCGAGUUGCAUUCAUCGAACCCUUACCAACGGUGGAAACCCAUUUACCACAUUCCUGAAAGCACGACUUCGUCGGAAGACGCCAUGAUGUCGUAUGAUUACACGAGAAGCUUGGACAGAGCCCAGCUCCGCUUGAAGCGACAGAGAGCCGAAGCAGCGAGUAAAGCAUCGGCGAGAGUCUCCAGAGGGGACUCAUUCAGCGACGACCGCAGACCUGUGAACAUUCACGGCAUAACACUGGGUCGGGUCCAGUCGGCCCGACCCUUCGACUACCUCAAUCGACCUGGCGGAAUGACUUAUCUGCCUCGAACAGAUCAGGGCGGUAGCAAUCACAGUGUUCGAGACAUCGCUCUGUAGCUUCCGGAUCCAGUCUUGUAUUUAUUGAGAUCUAGGUAGACUUUCCAAAAUCUUGCCGAGACCGCCAACCCGCUGUUCAAUGUGUAGUUUUGGGGACGCGGCAUCGGACGUACGGAUUCUUUGCCGAGGCAAAUCCACAGACCGUCACGAUUAGGGUUCACUCGAAGACCUGGUAUUGUACAUAGUGUUGGAUGCUCUCUGUGUUGAGCACGAUGGGAUAAGUCGUUCGUUUUGCCAAUAAUCCCACUCUGUUUGUUGAUGAAUAAAAGUUA